AUGGCCGUGAAUGACACGAAUGAGUACUACCAAGAGGAGGAGGAGAACAACUGUUCUUCCCCAUUCGCUCCAGCCGAUGAUAGCACCUUCGAAAAGGCCAUCGAGACCAUGAAUGAGCACUACGAUGAGGAGGAGAAACUAGGUUUAUCCAUGGACAACGAGGAAGAGGGCGUGGAGGAUGCUGAACUUGUUUCUGAUGCAGAUGGUGGUGGUGAUGACGACGCCGGGAGUGGUGAUGGCCACUUCGGUGACGAUGACUACUACGACGACGACAUUGCCGGGGGUUUCAACGAUUUCUACGGUGAUGCUGGGGAUGGUCCUGAUGACUGGUGGUAG